AUGAUGUCUCCAGACGACCAAGCCCUGGAGGACCUUUUGUAUGGCAGCGACCUCGGUGACACGCCGGAGGUGGUACAGCUGGCCGGUGGCCCAACAGCAGUGGAGGAGAACACUGCUUCAGAAAAUGUUUCAACAAGUGUGUCCAUUCCAGAGCCAAUCAUAUGUGCCGGAUGUGGCGAGCAGGUAUGUGAUCGCUUCUUCCUAUUGGCUGCAGGGAGGGUAUGGCACAGCAUCUGCCUCCGCUGCAGCCAGUGCCACUGCGAGCUACAGACUCACCCUUCCCUCUUCUGGAGAGAUGGAAACAUUUACUGCCAGCAGGACUACAGCAGAACGUUUGGAGGCGGCCAAUGUGCUCGCUGCCUCCAGCCAAUCCCACCCACUGAUUUGGUCAUGAGGUCUGGUGAGCUGACCUUUCAUCCCCACUGUUUUUCCUGCCAGGAAUGUGAUGUAAAAUUAAUGCCAGGGAACCUCUACUGCAUGCAGGGCCCAAACCUGUAUUGUGAGUCACAUUAUAAUGGUGAGGGAGGCAAUCUGCCACUGCAAGACCCCUCACAAUCACAUCUAAAAGAAGAGACGGGUCAAAACCAGGUGUCCGGUGAAGGGGAGGAGUCUGUCAGCAGUCCAGAACCACGAGUGGACGACAAAGAGGUGGGUGGGCGGACGCGCAGACGGACCAAGCGAAUCAGGACAUGUUUCCGCAGCGAGCAGCUCAGAGCACUUGAGUCAUACUUUGCCCAGAAGCACAACCCUGACGGCAAAGACUGGACUUGCCUCGCUCAUAAGACUGGUCUGCCUAAGAGAGUCCUGCAGGUGUGGUUUCAGAACGCUCGGGCCAAGCUGAGACGUUCCCUCAACUCUGAAGACUCCCAGGCCAACUCCCCUUCCGCUCCCCCUGGAGCUGUUGCCCUGGCAACCACCCCCUCAUCACUUUCUUGCUCUUCGCUAGACCAAUCGCAGCCUUUCCCCGCCAGCACCAUCGACCAGCUGCAGCUGUCCUUGCUCACUGGUUCAGCAGUUGAAUCCUCUGUAAGCCCAAUCCUCAAUCAGUCAUGCCAGAUGUUGCAAAGCCCCAACAUUUUUCUGGACUACGAUCCCCAGAAUGCAUUUGGUUGCAUCCCUUCUCUCGAGCCCCUUCAGGAGUUUGAGGUGGUAGAGAGAGAAAUUGAUGCUGAGACUUUUGGACCAAAUUACAGUUAACUGAUGGUUCUGCAGUGACAGUUUUUUCCAGUUCUAAAUGACAGCUGGAGAAACAACUUCAGCCUUAACUUAAUGUACAAGAAGACAAAGUGGAGUUGACAUUUAAUAAGUGGUUCAGCUCAAAAGUGGUUUUGAUUGCUUUGUGAUUGCUAGAUACUAGUAUAGUUUAGUUAAUUGUGUGAAUAAACUGCUGUUUCAUUAUAUUUUCCUCAGUAAAGUUUGUUGUCAUUCUCUUCACUGAAUCACCACAUGGAGGUGAUUCAGUGAAAUGUCUUUUCAUGCAGAAGGAAUAUUUGAUUAUGAAAUGCAGCAACAUGCAAUCUGAGGGAACAUUAACAUCCCUGACAGUUUUUUCUUUCUCUCAGAACAAGUCAGUCAUUUUGAAUACAAUCAAAAAACUACAUUUAUUUCAGUAGUUUGAUUCAAAUAGUGAAUCUCGUCAGCAUGGUGGAGUAGGGGGGUAAAUUUUGUCCUGCUUUAGAAUCACUUGCAUAACCCUUACAAUCAUUGAGUCAGUGAUCUUAUUCCAGAGUCAGAAACUACGUGGUGUGCCAGAAGUUAAAGAGUAGGCAGAGAUUGGGUUAUUCAAGCAAUGAAACUGUGCUGAAAAAAAUGGAGAGGGAACAAAUUUGUAUAGAAACAGCUGCUUCAAGUUAUUAUAUGUUAAUGAUGGUAAAACAAACUCCUGAAUCAUUGGGUGUACGCAGCUUUUCAGCCACAUUUUCAUUCUGUUUUUUUGUUUCAUAAAUAAUGACUCUGUGAAAUAUGUUUGGCACAAAACUCAGUGCUUUUAUGAGCAGCCUGGCUACAUCCAACCCUGUUUGUGUUUUGUGUAUUUCAAUUACGUGCUCAACCUCUUGGUACCACGGAAACACUUCCUCUGUAACAAUGUGGUUUUAGAUUUUAAACAAGGCCUUUUUUUACAAUCAGUCUUGAAGCCACCUCCUGAUUCACAGUUAAAUUAGGCUUGUGGGUCCGCAAAUAUUUUGGAACAUAAUUGAUGUUAUUUUCAUUCAAGCAAAGGCCUCAUUUGGUUUGAGGUUUGGGUUUGUCACAGGAUUACUAUGACAUUUUUCAGGUAUGUUUGUGUUAUCCUAUCAAAACAAUGCUAAUUACAAGCACAGACAUAAAAGAAAUCCCGGAGACUCUCUCUAAUCAGAAAAAUCUUAAUUAAUCUUUUGCAUCCACUUCCCCUCUCGCCAAACAAGGAGUCAUAAUUGGCCUCAGUGCUAACCCAGGCAAAUGUUGCUGAGCUAAUAAGAAGAAAGUUUAAGGUAUUUGGUGAAAAUGUUAGUGCGUCAGAGGGCGGAGCAACCAAUGUGUGAUGGCAGAACGGAGGA